AUUUGUUUGCCCAUUACACUUUUUGACGUCCAGCCAGACCAGGCUUACUCAACUACUACUCGUAUCACAUUCAAGUUCUGUUUUUUAAGGAUUGAAAAAUCAGAAUUCAAAAUUGUUCUAUUUAGUCUGAACCGACUAACUAGCAUUUUCUGGACCAUGAACAGAAAGUAGCCCAGGCUUUUAAAACUACAUGACUAUGAUGUUGACCUUGAUGCAGAUUCGAUCUGUUGCACGAGAGCAGACGGGUCACUUGAUGAAGGCCCCACCGUACUCGGAAACUCUUCCUGCCGGUCAACCUCAACCAAUUAAUCAAGACUCGGACUCACCACGACGCACCUACGUGUGGACUACUACCACAUUAGCGCGUCCACCCGCACGGACGACUCACUUUUCGAUUAAAUGCAUUAAUACUAUCUUUAAUUAUUUAACAAUCCAAUUUAAUUCUACAAUUUUGCAACGGAGUAACGAUUGCUCCGAUGUGGAUAACCAAGAGUUGAUCAAGUUCGAAGGAACCCAAACUUUUUCGAACAAAGAAGGAAAAAACUGUAUGAUUGGAAUGUUGGAUUCGAGCAGGAGUAAUCAGUUAGCUGUUUCGGAGCAUAGUCACCAGGGGAUAGCCCCACAAGGUGAUCAUGGUCUGCAGAAAGAUUGUUUAACUCCAAAUGUCUCGUAUUCCUUAUCUGGAUCAAACUUCGUGCCGUACAAAUGGUCAUACUUCAUAGGGGCCAUUUGUCGUGUGGAGAAUCAAAGCGAGUCAAGCCUGCCAACCGAUAAAAACUGUUCACAAGUGAUUAAAAACUCUGAAGAAGAAAAACUUUUGAAAACAAUUAUAAACUUUUACGGCGUAGCCGACCAAGUGUUAUCAACCUACGUUAUCCAGUUAUUCUGGUGCACACAAGUUGUGGUGUUAGUGUUAAUAAGUGCGCAAUGGAUCCUUCAUUGUGGAUGGAAGACUUGGGGGACUUGGGGGAUCUCAUCCAAGCCGUGGACCAAGCCGAGCCAGGGGAUCGCCUCGACGUCGACUAUGACGAUGACGGAGAUGAGUUUUCGGGGGAGGAAGGCGAAGGAUUUGAGGAUCCCGACAGCUUUUUCCACCCAAUUCCUCAUCACGAGCAAUUAGCUGGACCACAACCAUCUCAGAAUCUUCCCCCCACCACUCAACAUCCUGAAGCCUUCGCCCAAUUUGAAGGUCAAGUUUUAUUGCCCUCUCAAGAUCUCUCCGCAGAAGAUCUGCAGCAAGCUUUUGUCCAUCUCGAUUCUUGGGACGAGUUCUCCCUCCAUCAGGACCAAGUUGUACCUGGGGAGGAAGGGAAGUGGGAGGAGAUGUCCGUGGCCAGACCAUCGUGACGUGACCCGUCUACGUUAUAAAGUGUAAAUAGCACGCAUUUAAUGUUAAGAAUAUUUUAUUACUCUCCCGCUGGAGGAGUCAUUUUAACUGAGUUAAGCAUGUACAGUUAUAUCGCUCGUCUUAACCACUUAAUUUAUUUGGGCGCACAUAUGCACCAUUCAUACGAUUUAAAAUGUUGAAAAUCAAAAUAAAACACUAAUAAAAUCUUAAAUCAA